CCAGGCAACCAGAACCUAAUGUUCCUUACCGCACAACCUUUAAAAGUACUACGACUUAUACGACACAACAGCGACUAGGCCACUAAUUUGAUACUUUCUGGCGUGAUGGGGGUGAAUAGGAGAGGCCGAGUGAAAAACUUGACUACAGGGCGACCUCCAACCGUCUUAAAACCGAAGUCGAUAUCAAGAAAAGCUACCAGGACAUUAAUUAAUUCCCAUCAUGUACUAGAGAAGAAGAAAGCUCAGGCCGUAGCUAAAGGGGAUAUAGCUAUGCAGGCCGCAGUUGAAGCCGAGAUUGCUGCCCUAGGGGGCCUCGAGAAAUACCAACAGGCCAGCCUUCAAGGCCAGCGCCUCGACCGCGGGGGAGACAGCUCCCGCGUGCUCAUGGAAUGGCUUAAGUCGAUGGACUCUAGUCUCUCUUCUUCUACGGGAACUCGACCAAGAAUGCUUGAGGUGGGUGCGUUGAGUACUACGAAUGUAUGUUCGAAGAGUGGUGUCUUCGAGGUGGAAAGGAUAGACUUAAACAGUCAAAGCGAUGGUAUUUUACAACAGGACUUUAUGAAAAGACCGCUACCUAAAGAUGAUUCUGAACGAUUCGACAUAAUUAGUCUUUCAUUGGUCCUGAAUUUCGUCCCUGAUGCUAUGGGACGAGGUGAAAUGCUUCUCAGAACUUUGGAUUUUCUCAAGGAACCUGAUACAGACAGCUCAUCUCAGCUACGUGAUAUCUUUCCGAGUCUGUUUAUGGUUCUACCAGCUCCAUGCAUCACCAACUCGAGAUAUAUGAACGAGGCUCAUAUAGAGUCCAUCAUGAGAACAUUGGGAUACGUAAAAGCCCAGAGCAAGACCACUCAGAAACUCGUCUACUACCUUUGGGUCAGGAAGUCGCUGCUCCAAUCGCCUCUUACGUCGUUCAAGAAAUUGGAACUUCGAUCUGGCCACACUCGAAACAACUUCGCCAUCGUGAUUCGCGGCUCAUCAGGGUGAUAGCCAGUUUUUCAAUCAAAACUCCAAGUGCCGUUCACACCCACAAGGCUCGCAGAUGAGACGCAUAGCCACCUAAUCGAUUAGAACAUGUCGACAAAACUUGCGAUGGUGGGUACCGUCGCCGCGUUAAUCUGAUAACGCUCUCGUCGCUUACUCUCGAGAGAGGGUUGCAGUUUGCGUGCACUACCACCUCAGGUUAGUCAAUGCCUUCGGUCGUAUGUGAUUACCUGAGCUAGUGUGAUAUUGGGGAAUAUAUUGGCGAUCCUAGUUGAAACGCAUACUACCGUUUCUCUCGUUUCUCCCGCUUCUCCCGUAAUCGCUAGCGUUCUA